GCCGAGGGGUAUAUUAGGUCACUACCUUGCCUUCCGCAUACACUUUUUCAAGCCAACUCCUUCUUCCUCAUCCUUCGACCACCAUCUGCAGUGCGAUGCCUGGUCCUGCAGUGUACGUUGUCGUCGCCGUUGCCACUGUUGCUGCUGCUAUUGCUUUUGAACAGUUUGUCUAUGAACCCCAUAUCGCUCCCAGGCUUGAAGCAUUUGCUCAGGCAUUUAUUGAGAAUCGGCGUCGUAGACGGUUAGGACCAGUUGCUGUGUCGCAAAACCCUCCGCGUACAGAUGAGAACCAGGCUCGUAGAGAUGGUGGUAAGAAGAAACACGACGAUGACGACGAACCGACAUCAGUCGAGCUACAGAACUUGGUAGCUCGCGAGGUUGAUGAGUGGAGAAACGGUGUGCAACGAAAGUCGACUCUCAGGAAUCGCAAAACACCGACAGUGAUUGACGAGUCUAACGGCUACAUUCCGUACAACCCAUUGACCCCAUCUCAAGUCAUCUUUGACGCUUCCUCGUCGAAGCCUCUUCCUGACCCUCCGUCUUCGGUCCAAUCUGGUCAAUCUUCGCUGCACGAUUCACGACCCCUCUCCCCUCAUAGCGCUCCGGCGCGGCCUGAGAUGCAGCAGACCCCUACAUUUAAGUCUCCCAUAAUACUCUCCCCCAGGCUGCCAACUCCAAUUUCCAACAUUUCUCCUGUCUCCACCCGUGCAACCAGUCCAGCGGGUUCUCAAUUAGACCAUUCGGUCUCUUCUAUGAGCUCCUUUGCUCCAGCAGUUGUCGGUCCUCGAUCCUCGGAAUCUCUCUAUGGAUCUCCUCGUAGCCAUGCUACGGGCGCUUUGUCAGAUGCCGGGCGCAGCGGCCUGAACGUGCUGUCCGACUCGCCAUCUCGAGUCACUUCCCCAUUUUCCGACUUCUAUUCCGCCUCUGCCGUACAAAGCAACCAUUCCGCGGUUACUUCUCCACUAAUCUUGUCCCCCAGGACAGAGUCGGACUUUGAACUCCCUGAUGCCAGCGAUGGAAUGCUUUCUCCAUCGCUGCGCUCAGGAAUGUUCAGUCCAGGCUUUGACAACGAUGAUCCUUUCGAGGUCGGUUCGGUCCAUGAGAGCGAAUCCAGUUGGGCUAGCAUGGGACGAAGAACCCCUGAGCCGUAAUGAGUAAUUUACCUCACGUCGUAAUGGUCAACUCACCCCGUUACUUGUACUACUCAAUCUUUCAAGCAUUGUAUCAUCUAUCGCACAUCGACUCAGUAUUUGGCGCUCUUCUUUCUGGUCAUUUUUACUUACCAUUUACCUGUACAAUGUAGACACGCGGGCCUCAUUGACUAUACAGCUAUAUCACAGAUUGUAUUCUAUCCAUUUUGCGUAU